UGUUGGUUGUGCUAGUUUAGUUCAAAGCCCAAUUUCUCUUCCACCCCAUUUCAAUCUUCUCCACACUAGUUCAGAGACAAAAGAAGCCUUCCAUCUUCCCUGUGUUAAGCUCUCUAACAUGGCUUUAGGUGGCUCAAAUAGUAGUACCAUCAUGAUCUGUGUUAUCGUCACUUUGGUACUAGUUGUCCUACUCUAUGCCAUGGCAGGUUGGGUGUUUAGAUGCCGAGCACGGCAUCUCGCCGGAAACGUCGCAGCCAUUGAGGUUCCAUCGGGCGAAAUACCCAGUAAGGGACUUGAUCCAUCGAUCAUAGCUGCCUUGCCAUUGUUCAUCUACAAUCAAUCCAUGCACCCAGUAAGAGAAUGUGCGAUUUGCUUGAGCAAUAUAAAAGGAGAAGAGAUGGCUAUACUUCUACCUAACUGUAAGCACAUGUUCCAUUCACAAUGUAUUAAUAUGUGGUUGAACUCACACACCACAUGCCCUAACUGCCGCAGCACAGUGGAACCUCAAGCCAUGCCUGAAGUCUUAGAGUCAAGUGUUGCUAUACCCUUGGAGGAUGCUUUAGAUGAUGCAGCAGAGUCUUCAAAAGUGGGAGGAUUAAGGAUACCAUUGAGCUCAUUUUGUAGGGUGGACAUGGUAAUUAGUAGUGAAAGAUUGGAAAGGAGAAUUCAACUUUGUGGCCAAACAGAUGAACCAGAAGAUAUAGAGAGGCAGUGAAGACUUUGGUUAUAAAAAUUUCCUGCUUCUCAUUAAUUUCCUCUUUGUUUUCCAUUUCAUUUGUUCAAUUGAUUAAUAAGUAUAAGAUCUCACAAAACAGUUAUUG